AUGAGAUUAGGAUGGGAAUUUGAGGAUGAGUUAUCUGGUACAAGAGAAUUAUUGGAAGCACUAUUGGUCUGGUUUCAGUCUAACAAACCCUCCCUACAGAAAGAAGUAUUAGAGCUAUUACUUCUCACUAUCAAAACAAAAGCUGGAACAUAUAUUGCUAAAGAACUUGGAAUUAAGACUCUUAUAUCAAAUCUGAAUAAUAUAAAAAGUAAAAUAGAUUCUAGAGCAAUGGAAAUAUUUGAGGAUGUCUUAGAGACAUUAAGAUUUCUUAAUACUAUUGAUUCCGAAGUAAAUUGCAUACCUUCUCUCAGAUUAAACUCUAAAAGCUCUGAAAGCAAUUAUCAAGGCAGUGAUUACUAUAAUGGAGGUUUAACUAAAGAAUCAUCUGAAGAGACUUCCAUGUCAGAUCUUGAUAAUAAAUUUCCAAAUAACAAUAUUUCUAACUUAGAUGGUAUAAAUCUGCUACUUUUUCCUUGGAUUGAACUUAAUCCAUCAGAUUUGAAAACUAUGCUGCUAAUUGAAGAUUCUCUUAAAGUUUUGAAGUCAACCCGAAGGUGCUGCAGAUUUAUAAGAAAUGUUUUCUUAUGUGAUUUUCCCCCAGAAAUAUUUUUAAAUAGACCAGCUAUUGUAAAGGCCUUAUUAGGUAUAGCCGAUGGUACAAUCAGUGGUAAUUCUGGUGAAGCUUUAAAAGUAUUAUUGUGUAUAACAGAGAGCCUACAUAUGAGAUAUUUAAAAUUAUUUUCAUUGGACUUGGUAUUCAAGCCUCAUGAGGUUCCACAGGACCACAGAGAGUCUGAUGAUAAUGUAAACAUUGAAUUGGCCCAAUUUUCUAAUGGGAAUUUUGAUAUUCAUCAAAACAACACUCUGGUUGCUUUAAGACAACUGCCAGCACCUAUAUUUGCAUUGGAGACUUUAAAUACUGUUUUGUCAAUAAUGGCCAGAAGUGUCCUUUAUGGGGAUACUGAGAAGGAUGUGCUAUUGACGAGGGACCUCAACAUAUGUAUUUCUUUAAUAGAAAGUCUUAUAGAAUUAUUGUUGGAUUGUGUCACCAAUAACUUCUGGUCAAUGGAACACUGUUCUAAAACUCAUAGAGACAUUGCUCAUAAAUCUUCUGGAGUGAUGCGGAUGUUGGGUGACCUGUUAUCUCAAUAUAGAAAAUCUUUUCUGGAAAACACAAAUCUUAUACACUAUAGAUCUACAUAUCUUCGUUUAGUGCCUUGUGGAGAAAUGUUGUUAAAUUGGUCGAAAAAAUCCGCCCUACCACCCUCGUCGUUGAUAGCAGCCAUCCAAGUUGCACAAAUUGACCCCGCUAUUGACUUGUUGUAUGAGGGCCUUAGCAAAAGAAUAGAAUCUGUUCUACUUGCUAUCAAAUCGCCAGUGGAUCAGGAAUUUAAAAACAAACUCAGAGAACUGAAUAAAUUAUUCUUGAGUAUGGAUAAUGCGGUCAAAUUCAUUAGAAUGUCAAAAUACAGCCAACCACCCAAGGAGAUUUUCACAUGUUUAAAAAGCGCCUUAGCUGUUUUACAUUUAAAUAUGAAUGAAAAUUUUCUGAAUGAUGCUGCCAUAGUCCUUUUGAAGAAGUCUAAACAUAUGGAUUUACAUGACAGUGAUUGGGACUUGUUGAGAAAUAUUUCACUGUCACUAAUAGCACAUAGUCUACAGUGGGUCCAAGUAUACUUCUAUAAAAUGUUAUCUAAGAUGGUAAAAUCUAUAUUGUUGGAUGAAAAUGUCAAUGAGGGAGAACACGAGAAAUGCCUUAUAUUGGUAUGCGAUGUUGGUAUUCUGACAGAAAUAUGUUGUCAUGGCUUAUCUUCUACUAAUAAAGAGGUGGAGACUUGUGCUACAGAAAUAAUAUUAUAUCUUCUCAGAGGGAGGAUGGUGUUAAGCGACAGUUGUUGGUGGCGUCUUCUUGCAAGCUUAAUGCCGGUGUUACCUUUAUUACAAGUGUAUGCUGCUCAUGAUACAGAAUUAGGUUUAGCAAUCUGCAAGUCGUUAGAAGAGGAAAUAGUGUCCAUGAUGGGUGUGUCCAAGGCUGAGAGGUGUGCGGGCUUGGUGCGACUGAUGUUUACCCGCUGCCCUUCCGUUACUAUGGACGCUGCUCAUCAAUUGUGCCAAAUAAUGAGUACAGACGACGACAAAUAUUUGCCACCUCGAGAGACACUGCGCCCGGAUAUUCUCCUCAAUGCUUUAAGACGAAUUGAACCACAAGAUUUCAACAUCGAUCAAACUAGCUCACCCUCGAAAACUACACAGACAUCGGGCCUCAUUCAAAUACUGGAUGUUCUAAAGCAAGACCUUAUUCUGGAUACAGACUACGUGCCUCGGGUUCGUUCGGGUCAGCCCAUAUUGGAGCCCUCUUUACGCAGAAGUACCUUACAGCAACUAGCUCUCUUGAUGAGGCAGCAGAGUUUACAUGAAACUUUUAUAGAAUUUGAUGGCCUAAAAUUAAUUGUGUCUUUACUUAGGUUAUCGUUGAUGGUGGAUGAUUACCUCUUAUUCCCCGAGUGUGCUAUCAGCUGUGUGUCAGUACUAAACAGCGUGUGUUUUAUGAGCAGACAUGCUCUGGCCAAGAUGGCGGAUCUACCACUACUGCUGUUACGAGUAAUCCUGGUGUUUCCCGCCAACGAGAACAGUGUUUUGAUGUCGGCGCAGGUACUGGCGCUCGUUGCUUGGGCGGGAUUCGCUCUUCAAGAACUAGAUGCGAAUAGAAAUAGAAUACCAUCACUUCCAUACAACGUGACCGAAAGGAUUAACUCGCCAUUUAUUGUGAAUAACUAUUGGAAGACAAGCCCGAAUACUGAUCAUUCGUCUGUUGAAUGGCUUCUAAGUGAUGAAUCUUUUCGGAGCGCUGUCAGUGUUAGGUGGUGGUGGAUUUGUGGUGGUAACAAGUUGAAGACGGCUUCUUUUCCCCCCCUCCCGUCGAUCUCCAGCCCCUCCCCAAGCUCCCGAGAUCUCGCAGCCCUCACAUCUGCCAGUUUACAAAACGUCUUGUCAAAGUUACUCCUUCAGUUAGAAAAUGCUACCAGUCACGACCAAGUCCAUGAGGUUUUGGUUCUAUUGGAAAGCUACAUAAACUUGGUACCUCUGGCUGGUGUCAUUAAGCUAGGUGACUUGCCGUGGCUUCGCACGCGUCGUUUCCUAAGCGCCCCGCCCGCCUCGUCCGGGGAUGUAACUUUAUUAAUGGAGUUACUGCAAUUCGUCAUCACCUAUAUGGACAAUGUCCCUAACGAAGAUGACGCCAAGUCAUGGAUUAAAUCUUCAUUUAUCGGUGAUGACGCGGUCAUCAUAUCACUGCUGAGUAAAGACCGUCUCUACCCUCAACAGACAACACAGGAGGAUAUAGAAGUGACUCAGUUAAGAAUCUAUAUAGUGAAAGUAUUGGUUAGAUGUGUUAUAAUGUUGGAGGGACGAGAAGAUUACAGCUGCGGUAGAAUGGAAAGUCUAUUGAAGAUUCUGUUGUCUUGUUUGGAGAGAAUUGAUCUCAAGGAUUUUCAUAUGUUAGGAUACCUCAACGAGUUAAUGCGUUGUGUGAGAUACGUGUCUUAUUCCAAGUACUGCAAAUUAUCUGAGGACAGUGUCAUGAUGUGUCUGAGGGUUGUCACUGGAGUCCUGGGAGGCUGUGCGUCAGGGGGAGGGAGGAAGGGUCAGGCUUGUAGGUUGGACGCACUUCUCACAUUAAUGGCCCUAUCGACACAGAUACGGGAUAAAUCUAUACCUGUGCAGAGAUGGUGCGAGUACUACAAUAGCGGAGUGAUAACGGCGCUGGUGAAGUGUGUGUCAGCUGAUCGUGUUGAGGUGCGAGCGAGUGCGAUACACCUGUUGGCGUCCCUGUCGCACUAUACACAGCUGGUGCCUCAGCUAUUACAGGGUAUUCCAAAUCAGUCGUUGGCUGAUUUAGCGAUCGAGGUUUUCAAUGUAGAGGGUGAGGCGAACGUGGUUCGAGCGGCCGCAGCUACACUACUGACGGCUGUUAGCGCUAGAACAUCGAGUCACUCACAGGUGAGGAUAUAG